CUCUCUUAAAUACUAAAAGAAUUAACUACAACCUCUUCAAACAAAUUUUUUCUCCUAACUUCCUUAGCAUUCAUCCCCGGCGACGUAAUGGUAAACCAACACUGGCAGCCGUCGGCCAGAGACGAUCAAACUGAACCGAAAGACCCUUAUUACGUUGCAUACAUAAUCCACUUUCUCCUCGGCGCAGGGUAUCUGGUUCCAUGGAAUUCUUUCAUCACCGCCGUCGACUACUUUCAGUAUCUUUAUCCGGCGAAGCACAUCAGCAAGGUGUUCUCUGUUGCGUAUAUGGUGGCGGCCAUGACUGUCCUUUUUAUUCUGACAUGCUGGUCUAGCUUCUUCAAGAUGAAGCUGCCGGCGUUAAAAACGAGAAUGAAUUUGGGUUAUGCUUUGUUUGUUUUGGUUUUAUUGGUGGCGCCGAUCACUGACUGGGUCGAUCAUCGGGAUGAGUUCGGAAGAGGUUCAAAUUUCGCUUUUGUGGUUCUUGUUUCGACGGUGGCAGUAACUGGUUUUGCUGAAGGGCUAACCGGUGGAAGCUUGGUCGGCGCCACCGGAAAAUUGCCCGGAAGGUACAUGCAGGCGGUUGUAGCUGGCAACGCUUCAGCGGGGGUUUUGGUAUGCAUGUUAAGGAUCAUAACCAAGGCUUCACUUCCUCGAUCGAGAAAGGGCCUUCGAACAAGCACACAUAUCUACUUCUUCACCAGCACACUCAUCGAACUCCUGUGCAUUAUCUUCUUCAACCUACUCCACCGAAUACCAACGAUUCAACAUUACAUGACCGAACCUACCCAGACAAGCCACCUCGAUGAUCACCCACCCAAAACCGAGCUCCGACGACCGGAAACACUCCUGGUCUUGAAGAAACUCCGAUGGCUAGCAGUGUCCAUGGUAACAAUCUACGUUGUAACCUUGUCGAUUUUCCCAGGGUACUUGAGCGAGAACGUGAAUUCAACUUUUUUUGGUGAUUGGUAUCCUGUGUUGUUGAUAACUGCUUUCAACAUUGGUGACUUUUUGGGCAAGUGUUUAACGGCGCUUUAUGUGCUAAAGAGAAGUAGAUGGGUGGUAUGGGGCUGUAUAGGGAGGGUGGUGUUCUUUCCGCUCUUUAUGGGUUGCAUUUUCGGACCCAACUGGUUGCGAAAAGAGGUUCCGGUGGUUCUGUUGACGUUGUUGUUGGGAGUUAGCAAUGGGUACCUGACUAGUGUGCUUAUGAUCGUUGCUCCUAAAUUUGUUGCGGUUGAGGAAUCGAACAUUUCUGGAAUCGUAAUGAGUUUGUUUUUGGCAAUUGGAGGGUGUUUGGGAUUCUCGGUAUACAACUCGAUCAUGUUAGUUCUUCAAUCUCGACUCCGAUUGGAAGAUGAUAAUCAACAUAGAUUAGUUCUUCAAUGGAGUUUCUUUCAAGCUUGCUCAAGUCUUCAAUCUUCGGCGACGGUGACGACAAAGCCGGUGUUGAAGUCUCUGUUGAAGAGGCUUUCCUAUCGGCAAUUCCCUAGUGUUUUGAAGAACAAUUCUGAGAAGACAAACGGAGCCACUUAA